AGUGCUGAAGGUGAAGCAGUGAAGUGGAGCGAGAAGCAGAAGAUUGCUUACACCGCUCCGACACCUCCUGGGGCAAAGAAAGACACUAGCUCACCGUUCCCAUCAUGUUACAGUCCAGAGUACGUGGAGUCCAGCUGGUAUCAGUGGUGGGAGAGAGAGGGAUUCUUCAGUCCUGAGCAACAUGUAAACAUGUCAACUUGUUACAUCAAAUUGUUACUGUUGCAGAAAGGAGACGAGAUCUACCACCAGCUGAGGAAGCUCGGAGCGUCUCUGGACUGGAGCAGAGCCUGCUUCACUAUGGACCCAGGUUUCAGCAGAGCUGUAACUGCAGCGUUCGUCCGACUGUGCGACUCUGGUCUGAUUUAUCGCUCCGAGGCUUUGGUCAGCUGGAGCUGUGCCCUGGAGUCGGCCAUCUCUGACAUAGAGGUGGACUGGAAGGAGCUCUCCGGCCGGACCAUGCUGUCGGUUCCCGGCUAUGAACACAAGCUGGAGUUUGGAGCGAUGCUGAGCUUUGCGUACCCCGUAGAAGGCCACGACACCGAGGUGGUGGUGUCCACCACCCGUCCAGAGACCAUGCUGGGAGACGUGGCCAUAGCUGUGCACCCCGAUGAUCCUCGAUACCAGACUGUUCACGGGAAGCUCUGCAGACAUCCUUUCACCGACAGACUGCUGCCCAUCAUCACUGACUCUACGGUGGACGUGGAGCUCGGAACUGGUGCAGUGAAGGUGACUCCUGCUCACGACCACGCAGACUUUGUCCUCUCACAGAGACACUCGCUCCCACGCCUGACUGUGAUUGCUGGCGACGGGACGAUGACGGCGGUGAUAUGGUACUACAAGGUCAUUAAGAUAAGAUGGGGCCUGAUUAUAUUUGCAGAUGUUCUUCUUUGUGGUUUCUCUUUCCUGAUGCUUCUCCCGUCUCUCCUCUGUUUUAGCCGCUCAGGCGACAUCAUUGAACCUCUUCUAAGAAACCAGUGGUUUGUCCGCUGUGACGUCAUGGCACAAAAAGCUGUGCAGGCUGUCGAGGAAAGACGGCUGGAAAUCAUUCCUGAGUACUACACGAAGACGUGGAAGAACUGGCUGUCCAACAUCAGUGACUGGUGCAUAUCCAGGCAGCUCUGGUGGGGCCAUCAGAUCCCCGCCUACAAAGUGAUGCUUCCCAAUUAUGAGGGACACCAAGAGGAGCAGUGGGUGUGGGGCUGCAGUGAGGACGAGGCCCGUCACAGAGCUGCUGUCAAAUAUGGAUUGAAGCCAGACGCCGUCACAUUGACUCGGGACCCAGAUGUCUUGGACACGUGGUUUUCCUCGGCGCUCUUUCCCUUCGCCAUGCUUGGCUGGCCCGAUCAGAUGUACUAUAGCGACAGCCCCGUCACCACUGCCUGGAUGUCACUACACCCUUUACAGAAUUACAGAAAAACCUUCUGA